GUUUGAGGCGACCGUGGUCGACCUACUUCUGGCUGGCUUCCGCGACGGCGCCUCGAAAACCGAGUUCGUGGUCCACGAACGCCCGGCCGUCCGGGCGGUCCUGCUGCACAUGUACCUGGAGGCCAGGACACAGCCAGCGCCCCGGCGUCUUCUGCGCCGGCCCUCCCGACCCUGCCGCUGCCGCCGGUGGCGGCCACCCAAGUCCUUUGACGCCUGGGGGCCCCUCGUCAAGUCGUAUAACGACAAGCUCCUCGACGGCAAGCCCAGGUCUUUCCCCACGAGGCGCCUGGCCGGGGCGGACACGGUGCUCGCCAGGAUAUAUCACGAGCACACCGUCACCAAGGCCUACACGCCGCUCUUGCUCGGCGAGAUUCUGGCCGCCAGGACUUGGACUUCAGGAGACGAGCUCAACCGCCUGGCGGUGCCUCAGAAGGAGACCGGCUCCCUGCACAUCGUCGGGGGCAACCUGGUUGCGACGGACGACAAGAAGGUUUGGGAACCUCGCGGUGUCAUGUCGGUGCUGGACGGGCUCGAGGCAGUUCGCCUGGCGUGGAUCCUGACCACGGUCGGCGACGAGGGCGACGUCAACGACUACAUCGCCUGGCCACAGCCGCCACCCAAGGCCGAGCCGGACCAGGGGGCGGACUGGACCCCGCCGACCCCGAAGUGGCAGCGCACGGGGAAGGGGAAGAAGGGGCAGAAGGGCCAAAAGGGCGGCAAGAAGGGAGCCAAGGGCGGCGGCAAAGGUCAGGAGCGCCAGCGCCGCCAGGAAGAGCAGCGCCGCGACCAAGCCUGGGACGAUUCCUGGUGGGCGUCGUCUUCUUGGGGCUCGGGCUAUGACUGGGAAUCGCCCGGCCGCGAGCAGGGCUGCCGGGGCGAGAAGAAGCGCACCGCUCAGGCCGAAUCGCCCGGAGGGGCGGUCCAUCAUCGUCCUCUCCGCCUUCGACGGCAUCGGCGCGGCCCAUUGGUUGUGGCCAAGUCCUUCGGGCGGCCUCUCCUGGCGGUAUCCUGGGAAGUCGACCGGGCGUGCAAAGCCUUGGUGCAAAAGGCCAUGCCCUGGGUGGAACACAGGGGCGACCUCACACGGGACUCGUCCGAGGAUGUGGCCGACCUGGUCCUGGACCCUGACACCUCCGCCCUUGUCGUCUGGUGCGCGGCGCCCCCGUGCCAGCACUUUUCCCGGAUCGGCCACGGACCUGGCCACCACGGCGAGAGUGGCAAGCUCUUUCAGGACGCCGUGGAGUUCAUGCACCAGCUCCGCGCCAGGCCGCGCCAAGGCGUUCUCCACCUGCCCACGGCCGAGAUUAAGGAGCAGCUGCACGGCAUCCCCAUCGGCUACACGUCGCAGGCUGGGGCUAGACAGACGCCUGCCAGCUGCCCGCCCGCCCAAGACCUCAACAUUGCAGUGGCUGGCCCAGGCUUGGGCGGGCCGGCCGUGUGGGACUUCGCUCCCCGCCCCGACCCUCACCGCCUCGGCACCUCUGAUGCAACACUCCCUCGCCCGCCGCCCGGCCUUGGAGCCGGCCCUGGGGGCGGUCAUGGACCUCCGAAGUCGGUGGCGACACGGGAGAUCGUCGCAGAGCUCUUAGUGAUGGUGGAGGAGCGAGAGGACGACACGCGGGCAUGGCUCCAGGGGCCGAUCUUCCUGGAGCUGCUCAACGACCUCGGCUACCCCGCCACCACGGACCUUGAGGAGGACCUGCGCUUGGGCUUUGACAUGCUGGGCCCGGUCCGCCACGCGCCAGGAUGGAAGCCGCGCGCCGACGGGCGCUAUUCCAACCCCUCUGGUCUGGACCGUUUGCGUCAGGAGAAUAUGCGCACCCUUCGCCAGCCGCCAUUGGGCGACUGCUUCGCCGCCCUGUCCUUCGCCAUCUGCCAGCUCGACGAGAACGGUGACCUUAAGCUGCGCCGGGGCGAAGAUUGGCGACGCUCAGGCCACAACGCCACCAUGCGCGCGGAGGAUGUGCCCACCACUUCCUGGGCGACAUCGUGGACUUCGUCCUGGCCGCCUGGUGCGAGGGAUGGGAAAUUUAGGGUCUUCGGACACGACCUUCAGAACGCCUAUCGCCAGUGGGCGGUGCGGUGCCCCGGUCAUUGUGGGACGUUCCUCCCCACCGACCAGGGCGUCACGCUAUGGUUCCACUACGCCAUGUGCUUCGGCGCGGCGGCGAAUGCUCAUGCGGGCCACUUCGUCGACGACUUCAAUGGCGCCGAGGACAGCAACACCGCCGAGUCCGCCCACAACGCCGUCGCCGAGUUCUUCGAGGCCCUCGGCCUCCAGACCAAGCCCUCCAAGGCUCAGGCGCCUGACACGGCGCAUGUCCUCCAGCUUCACAUCGGGGCGGAAGGGGUCUGGCUUAGCCCGACGGAGGAGCGCCGGAAGAAGAUCCUGGCACAGAUCGACGAGGCGCUGGGUGGGAUAGCCUAUCACCCGACGCGGCAUCCAGACUGGCUGGUCCACCUUUGGCUGCACGGGGCGGGCCGCCAUCAAGCCCCUCUACUCCGGGCGGCAGACACGGCGGCAAACUCGGCGGACGCGCUGUCCGUGGGUCUGCGGGCCGCGCUCUCUGCGCUCCGACGGCUGGUGGAGCAGUCUCGCCCCAGGCUAGUGCCCUGGCCGGGGCGGGUGCAGGGCCCCUUCCCGGUGCUCUACGCGGACGCCUUCUUCUUGGACGGCGACUUGCGCCGCAAGCCUGGGCACCUCGAACCGGAGGACCACGUCCCCAAGGACGCCAGGUGGCGAAAUGGCUGGGGCUUUGUGCUGCUCCUGGGCGACCACGUCUUCUACGACUUCGGCGUCAUCAAGCCCGAGCUCCUCCAGCCGUUCGCCGCCAGGAAGGCCUUCAUCUACGUCCUGGAGAUCCUCGCCCAGGUCCUCCCCCUGGUCGUCUUCGCCCGCCGCCUGCCCCCUCACUGGAUUUGCCUUCAUCGACAACGUCGCCGGGCAGUUCGCCCUCAUGAAGGGCUACGGGAAGGACCCGGCGGUCAAUGGCAUUUUGGCCUCCUUCUGGGGGCUGGCGGCGGAGCGCCAGUGGGCGCCUGA